AGUUUCAUCAGAAAGAAAUUAUACGGAAAAUUAACUAACGAACGGAGGCGUAACAAUAUGUAAAAAACAGCUCUUCUUUUAAUCUCUAAAGUGAGCUCUCUCAUAGUCAUAAGGCUGAUCGAAAAUGGUGGAUCAUUUUGUCAUCGAAACACGCAGAUCGUGUAUUUUUUUAACCUUAUACAAUAAAGAUAUUAUCUAGAGACAGAUGACGAGUGAAAAUAUGAGAGCAGCUCAGUUUGAGCUUGGAGGACCAGAAAAGUUGUUUAUUGGGAAAGUUCCUAUCCCCAGCCUUAGAGAGAAAGAAGUUCUGAUUCGAGUUGUGGCAACAGCUGUUAACAGAGUUGAUUUACUUCAGCGUAUGGGUAAUUACCCUGUUCCACCUGGUGCAAGUGAUAUUCUUGGACUGGAAGUUGCAGGUGUAGUAGAAAAACUUGGUCCAGGUUGCACUAGUGGCUGGACUCCAGGUGACAAUGUGAUGGCCUUGUUGGCAGGUGGAGGUUAUGCAGAGUUUGUUGCUUCUCAUGAAGAUCAUAUCAUGCCAGUGCCCAAGGACCUUAGCUUUGAAGAAGCUGCAUCAAUUCCAGAAGCCUGGUUAACAUCAUACCAGUUGCUGCAUAAAAUAGGACAGAUCCAAGAGGAAGAAACUGUACUGAUACAUGCAGGGGCCAGUGGUGUUGGUCUGGCAGCUGUUCAGCUUGCAAGGCUUGCCAAUGCAACAGUCUUUGUUACAGCUGGCUCUGAGGAAAAGAUAAAAAAAGCAGUUGAGCUAGGUGCCAAAGUAGGAUUCAAUUACAAACAAGAAGAUUUUUCUGAGAAAAUAUUACAAAUAACUGAGGGACGAGGAGUUAAUGUCAUUCUUGACUGUGUGGGAGCUAGCUACUGGGAGAAAAAUGUGAAAAGUAUUGCUGUUGAUGGACGUUGGAUUUUGUUUGGGCUGUUGGGUGGCAGUGAGGUGAAUGGAGACUUGUUAAAACAACUCUUAGCUAAGAGAGUACGGCUAGAAGGUACAACUCUAAGAUCUCGCAGUGUGCAGGUAUUAAUUACUUGUCUCUUUCUAAUGUUUCUUUGGGAGAUUUCUUUACAUUUAGAAAAAUGAUGAAUAUAUGUUACAGAACUGAAUAAGUUAAGCUUUGAAGCUAAUUUUUUACAAUUUGAACAGUUUUUGCAGUUAUUUUCACAUCAACUUAUUUGGUCUAACUCUGCUCACUUGCUUAGUAAUAUUAGAAAUCAGAUUAGUGUUGUAGCUUUGACUUCUUCUUUUGUAUAAUUAUUAUUGUGAAUACAAAAGAUUUCAAAAUUUAAAUUCAGAGAAAUUAAUAGCUCUGAAGAAUUUUUGGAUAAAGAUAAGAGAGACUAAGAAAAUCUAAAGAUAUUUUAAAUGAUUCAACUAAGUUUGCGAAGUUACACCUGACCAUUGGGAAAAAGAGGGGCUAGGUUACAAAAGUACCAUGAAAAACAAUAUAUCAAUAUUGAUCAUUAGGCAGUUGUUCAGGAGCUUUUUAUGGUCUUCAUAAAGUUCAUAAAGAAGUAGGUCCAUUGCAACUUACACUUUCUAACAUUAAAACUUUAUCAUGCUUUAUCUGGUUUUUUGGUUCAAUUUUUGAAGACUUACCACCAAUGAAUACACACUGAAAAACAGGUUUGACUUCUACACUAAAAUUCAACAAGUUGAGUUUGAUAGCAAUAUUUAUUACACCAGCUUUGAUGUUCAAUUGGUUUAUACAUACAUGUUAUUUUAUAGAAUAAACUAUACAGUUGAGUGUUGAUUUGACUUCACAGUUGUGUACUAAUUUGAUUUUUAAUAACAGCUCUGACAAUCUCAGUAUUUCCAAGUUAGUAUUUUUGAAAUUGGUGAAUUUUGCAACAAAGACAUCAUUUUCUUCUUGGUGGCAGAAUUCAUUGAUUAGAUUGAUGAUGUUACUAUGGGUUCCUGAUUGAUGCCUUCUUUGGCCACUCUUUUUCUGUGCUAUCAUGAAAAACAUGUUGGAAGACUGUCCGUAAUCAUUCAAACUGCUUUGUAACUGUAGCUUUAUAGAUAAUACGUUGACCAUUAUUCAAAACAUUGAUUCAAUUUCUUGAGUACUCGAACAGUAAACAAAGCAGUAUAAGACUCAUAGUUCAACAUCAGCAAGAUCAUAAACUCUUCUUUUUGGACCCUUUGAUUUGGUCACUUCCAACAAGUAUACCAUAACAAAAAAUUUACUGGUUUCUAUUCUAACUUUGCAAGCUUUAUACCAAGUGUUUCUAAAGAAAAGUUGGGUAAGAAUGUCAGAGAAUUUUCAUGUUAAAAUGGUUUUUCUUUAUAUGUUAUUGACAGAAUACUUUAUAAUUCUUGGAG